AGGCAGGGCAAAUAUCUGGAAUUCCGUUUCCGCUUAAUGGAAAAAAGUUAAGAUAGGUGGAUAAUCACAGAAACCGAUAUUCUGUUGUGAAAUAUAACUUACUUUUGGCCGGUGGUGAAGUGUGUUUUAAAGUCAGAUGGCGUCAUCUCCGCAAAAAUCCCCGUCCUCACCCAAAUCUCCCACUCCUAAAUCGCCGUCCUCCAGAAAGAAAGAUGACUCGUUCCUGGGGAAACUUGGAGGAACUUUGGCAAGAAGGAAAAAGGCUAAGGAAGUGUCUGAGCUUCAGGAGGAAGGCAUGAAUGCCAUCAACCUGCCUCUGAGCCCAACACCCUAUGAGAUACAUCCAGAGGACACCAUGCUAGAGGAAAAUGAGGUCCGCACCAUGGUUGACCCAAACUCUAAGAAUGACCGCAAACUACAAGAGCUGAUGAAGGUGCUCAUUGAUUGGAUUAACGAGGAGCUGGUCGGGGAAAGGAUUAUCGUCAAGGACUUGGCCGAGGACCUGUACGAUGGACAGGUUCUUCAGAAGCUCUUUGAAAAACUGGAGGGGGAGAGGCUGAAUGUGGCGGAGGUCACUCAGUCUGAGAUUGCUCAAAAGCAGAAACUGCAGACAGUGCUGGAGAGGAUCAAUGAUGCUUUGAAGGUGUCCACCAGGAGCAUUAAGUGGAAUGUCGAUUCUGUUCAUGCCAAAAGCAUUGUGGCCAUUCUUCACCUACUGGUGGCGGUCUCUCAGCACUUCAGAGCCCCCAUCCGACUUCCUGACCACGUCUCCAUUCAAGUUGUUAUCGUUCAGAAACGGGAGGGUAUUCUGCAAUCUCGUCAGAUUCAGGAGGAGAUCACUGGAAAUACUGAGGCUCUGUCCGGAAGGCAUGAGCGGGAUGCCUUCGACACGCUGUUCGACCACGCUCCCGACAAGCUGAAUGUAGUGAAGAAGACACUCAUUACCUUUGUAAACAAGCACUUGAAUAAGCUGAACCUGGAGGUGACUGAGUUAGAAACACAGUUUGCAGAUGGUGUGUAUCUUGUCCUGCUGAUGGGGUUGCUGGAAGGCUAUUUUGUCUCACUGUACAAUUUCUUCCUCACUCCUGAAAACUUUGAUCAGAAGGUGCACAACGUGGCUUUCUCCUUUGAGCUCAUGCAGGAUGGUGGCCUUGAGAGGCCAAAGCCCAGACCUGAGGAUAUAGUGAAUUGUGACCUGAAGUCUACACUGCGAGUUCUUUACAAUCUCUUCACCAGAUACAGACACGUGGAGUGAAUGGUUGGUGUUUGAGGAAUAUAUUUUCUAAGCGGACCACAUCUUCUUUGUGUCGUUAUCUGUUACUGUGUCUUAACAUUAGAUUGGUGAAUGCUUGUGUGAUUAGGGGGGUGAAGACACAGGAUGGAAUUCAAAACAAUGUUUAUGAACUCACCCUUAUAUAUAAAGCCCUGUACGCUAACACCUAAUUAUGUUCAUGGACUGCUCAGGCUUUUCAAUCACUCUGUGCAUUGCAUAAGCAACAAUACAGCAUCCAACUGGCUAUGGCACAUUCAAACACUAAAAAGACGGGGGAAUUCUUCACAUUCUUGUCAUUGUUUGGGAGUAAAAUUCAGUGAUUGCAAAAAAAAGUGCCGUAUUAUUUUUGUAUAACACUGUAUGUUUAUUUGUAUCUUUUCUCUGUAAAUAUACCUGAAUAUCCAACCUUUGACAUUUCAUAUCCCACUGUUAUGUGAUGUAUUGCAACUGGUUGGCAGAAUCUGAAUUUAAUGUGUGCAGAUAUUGUUCCUGUUCAGCAUUAAGUUAGGUUUAUCUGAUGUCCAAUGAUUACAACAUAGAAAUUAGUCGUUACGGAUGGCAGUUUGCCAGAUAUUAUGCCCCACUUUACCAUGGGGACACGCUGAAGGGUAGUAUGAUGAUGCCUUGAUGAAAACAAAGAAUUACCCUGAUUUGUGAUCACUUGGUGUGAAGCAAAGAAUGAUUUUUUUUUUGAUCGCUUAAAAUCGCACACCUUUGUAUUCACAAGGUUUUUGUGUAACAUAAAACAUGUCAACCUCAUGA